CUACCCUUGCAGUCUCUCGCAGUCUCUCACCGGCCAUUCUCUCAUCUAAAUGUCCCAUCCAUUUAAGUUUAAUGAUACACGGUGCACAGAGGACUUCUUUGGUUCCCAGGGGCUGCCGAGCGAUGAAGUGUCUCCGGGGAGAAACCUUUGCAGCGACGAUACACAUUGGGAUGGAGACACGGAGGGGAUGUAUCCUGCUCAGAAUCAUGGGAUUUCUGAGGCUGUAGCUCGCCCACGACGACAUCGUGAACGUAGGCCACCGUACCCACACACUCAAUAUUUCGAAGAUGGGCAGCAAGCAGCAAGCGACGGCGGCUACCGAAUGAAUACGACGGACAGUGCUAUGAAUGCAGGCGUAGGAGCCGGUGGAUUCAGCCAGACCGACAGCUCGCAGCGCUAUGUAUACUCCCAUGGCCCACCAUACGUACCUUCUCACAUGGCAUCCUAUGCAGCGCAAGCCCAGAAUACCUCCUCUCAGGCUCAGCAUCCCGCAGGCAGUGCCUACGCACGCCGACUCGCUCGCAACCACCCGAUGGCAGAAAGAAUCGAGCCUGAAGUGAGCUCGUCGCCUGUCGAACCGUUUACGCAGGUGCAGCUGGAGCGCGCCAGGGCAUGGGUGCGAGGAACCGUGACGCACUCCGAUGCAACGGAGCAUGUUAUGCAGGAGGAGGUCGUCGGCGAAGCGACAUGGUCAGAGGGUUCCGAGGAUGCGGACGACGAGUUUGACGAAUCUCAAGAUGAAGAUGACCUUGCGAUGCGGCUUCAAAACGUGCACCUGAACGAGCCUGCGAUUUACCAUGCGAUGACGCCGCUCGGCGGACGCAGGUUUUGAGUGCUUGCUGCAUCUAUGAAGAUAUAAUUGACCAAGGCAGAUCAUCAAGAAUGAAUCGACGGAUCUCAACACGCGCCCGUGUGACACGCUCCAUGAACGCAAUUAGACGAAAUCCGCACUUACCAGACGCCCACUCCUACCUCAUCUCUUCCCGGCCUCAACCACAACACCCGCAACCGUUAUUCCACCAUCGGAGGAAGUCAUCCGAUGUUCCCAUUGAUCGCUCUAUGCCAGACACGACGUGCACGUAACUUGUCCAAGUAAGGGGUGAAGGCAGCAGAUCAAGCGUCCUGACAGUUGUAGAUGGCGGAGGAGCAGCUACUGUAGUUUUAAAAUUCUCUACGACACAAAGGAUCUUGUAUAUCAGCGCCCCCAAAAAUUUGACGAUGGAAUGAUUGACC